UUGAAACCGGAAGGUAUUCGGACAUCCCUGCGGUCAGUAGAAUAUAUAACGGCUAUGCAAUGAGAAGUCAAGACAUGUUCCACGAGAGCAGGCGGUCCAGGCAAGAGUAAUCUCGACGCAACAUGCCCAACAUGUACACGCAAAUUCUCGCGGUGGGCUUGGUGGCUUUUCUAGUACUGCCAGCCAAUGGCGCUCCGUUGACAGAAGCGACCACCGUCUUGCCAUCAAGCGACACCUCAAGUGAGGAGGAAACGGCGCCCUCUGACCUGCUGACCUCCGCUCAUGUUUGGGACUCGGUUCUGGGUACCGCUAAAGAACACCAGAAAGCUUUUGAUGAUGAAUUCCAAAACAAUGUCAACUUUCAUUUACUGGAGCAUUACAAAGCACCUCAGUUUCCAGCAAACUGCCCCAGCUCCAACUUUAGCAAGGAGGCUUGCCUGCACAGGCUGGCCCAAGGUCUGUCCACUUACAUAAUUCUUCUCAAGCACGUGGAGAAGGAAUAUCCCGGCAGUAAAAUUCUGUCUGAGGCCAAACACUACUCUGAACUCCUGCUCUACAAUAUCAAACAAAAGGUUGGCCAGUGUGACAAUUUAGGGAUAGGAAAUGAAUUUUGCUGUUACUAUAAUACCUAUUUUGACAUUGUGUUGCUUACUCUUGUCCGGCAGAUGAAAAAACCAGAAGAGGUCACAGGCCUGAGUAGCAAUGAGGAAGAGAGCCUAUUGAGGUCACUGUACCACCCCGAUGCUUUCCACAGAAAGAUGACGGCGCACAACAUCCUGCGGAAGCUCUACAUCUUCAUUGUUGACGGCGAGAGGGCGCUGAGGCGCAAAGAACGGCAAAGGGGAAAACAUGCCAAGGUCUUCGCCAUGUUUAGUUUAUUGCGGUAGUCCCGUCCGCCACGGAAGCCCGUCGGAAAUGUUGGGCAAAACAUGAAGUGAAUUAAGGAAGUUCUUGGAUCUGCACUGACGUGUCGUAACCCACUGACGGAUUGAUGAUGUAUUUGUUUUUGCAUGACGCACUGAGUUUUUUUUAUUUUUUAUUCUGUAGAUAACCUAUUUAUUGCUCAUUCAAAAAAGCCAUUGUGAAUCUAAGACCUUAUUUAUUGCAAACAGUCGUAUGAAUUAUUUAAAGAAGAUAUUUAUUACAUAUUAUUGUUUUUAUACUUGAAGGCAUGAUAAUUAUAUUUAUUUUUUAAACGGAAUGUAUUUUUAA